GACUGGUGUACUCUCUGUGGUGGAGCAGUGACGACAAGAUACUUGUGUCUGCGUCCGCUGACUGUACAGUCUGUGUGUGGAGACCUUCUCACAGCAGCUCUGCUCUCUUACAGAUGUUGGGACACCCCUCGUUCGUGUACUGCGCUGUGUUGGUGCCGACCCCGCAGCAGCUGCUCACUGGUCUCAGGAUGCCAUGACGGCACAGUUCGGCUGUGGAGAGGGGAGACACACUCGGACUAUCAGCUGGCCCAGGAGUUGACCGGACACAUUGGCUACGUCACGGCUGUCUGUGUCACUGUCGACGGCUCCCGGAUAGUGUCAGCUGACAGUAACGGCU